GGUGGCUGGUAUGGCUGCUGGGCAGGGUAGAAGGGGCAGAAAUAGAUGUAUCUCAGGGUAGAGGUGGCAGGCUCUGGCUCUUGGGGUUAUCAGUAUUCGACUUUAGGGAGCAGCAAACUGAGCAGUAAACUAUAUCAGUCAGUAGAUUGGGCUGGGCAAGAAGAUAGACUUCAGGCAGCAGAGAGUGAGCUGAAGUGAACUCCUAUAGAUAGACAAGACUGUGAAAGAGAAUUUGACUAGCUGUCAAGGUGUCAAAAGAAAAUAUAUUGUUGCUGGAGACCUGACCUGAGAGCUGAGGUGACAUGGGAGUGUACAAUGAACAAGGGGAGGCCCUUGGAGAACCAGACACACAGGAGGUCAUGAUGCACAAAGACAGACGAGGGGGGGUCGGUGGUCGCCAUGGCAUCCCGAGCUCUAUGUCCCUGCGCAGACAACACUCCAAACUCCCCCCUAGAGAGGUGUUCAACGACAUCAUGUACAUAGUGGGCGGCUGGACCCAAGAGGACCCCUCCUGCCCAGUGGAACAGUUCUGCCCCCUGGAGAAUGAGUGGAAGAACAUGGCCUCCAUGAUCAAUCACCGUGGUAACGUGGCCGUGUGCGGCCUGUAUGGGAAGAUCUACACAGUGGGCGGGUCCGAUGGCGUCACCUACAAAAGCAAUGUGGAGAGGUACGACCCACAAACUAAUACCUGGAGUAACGACGUGGCCCCCCUGAGCAGCCCCCGCAGCGGAGUGUGUCUGGUGGAGAUGGACGGAUACCUGUACGCCCUCGGAGGGUACGACGGCAUGGUCUGCACCAACACUGUUGAGAGGUAUAAUCCCAAAAUGAACAGCUGGACGAAGCAGGCUCCGAUGCUGAGCCGGCGUAGUGGGGCAGCUGCUGCUGUGAUGGAUGGUCUCCUGUACGUGAUUGGAGGCAGCGAUGGAGACGUACCCAUGAACACAGUGGAGCGUUUUAAUCCCUUGGAUGGGACGUGGUAUGUGUGCCCCCCCAUGCUGACCGCUAGAGAGAACGCCGGCUGCUGUGUGUACCUGGGACGUCUGUUUGUGACCGGAGGCCGGGAUGACCUCAACCUGGAGCUCAGCACUGCAGAGAAGUUUGAUCCAGACGCUCUGAGAUGGACCCCCGUCAAACACAUGAGGUGCAAGAGGAACAAUAUGUCCCUGAUGGUGUUCAACGGGUCGUUGUUGGCUGUAGGAGGCUUUGAUGGCAUUACCAAUCUGAAAACAAUAGAAGUCUACAACCACGAGUCAAACACAUGGAGACACUUUGGGAGCAUGAAGACUAAACAUCCGGGAGGCCAUGUUGCCAUUUUGACCACAAAACAUGGUUACAGCCUGUAACUGGAGAUAACGUUGAUGGACAAUAACUUAUGGAUUUAUAAUAUGUAUUAUGAUAUUAUUUAUGAUUUAUAAAGUGUAUGUCCAAGUAGGAAUCAUAACCACAAAUAUGAUAUAUAAAAUUAUAUGACUAUGUAACAUAGGACAAUACAGCGGAAGCUGUAUGUAAUUUCUGCAACAGCAACUGUUAGACUCCUGUAAAUAGUGUUAUGCUUCUUCAACAGAGAUAGUUUAUUGAUAAGUGUAUGAUGAAGGAAAAGACAGGGUCAAGAAAGGUUGAGGUGUUUUCCCAGAAGGCUGAGAAUAGGAACGUUGAAGGAUGGUUGAGAAAAGGUCAUUUAGGAAAUGUAUGGCUGUGUCCCAAACGGCACCUUACCCAGCUAGCACAUUUGGUUCCUUGGAAGUUGUGGGAAUGUAUGAUUUUGGUUUUACAUUGAUUGUGAGAACGAAGCCAUACGUUUCCUGACCGGUAAAACUGAAAGCUUUUUAAAAGUUCUGAGAACAGAAGUAAAAAUGUCGCCUGUUCUGGGAACGUUUAUCUUUUAGGGGAGGUUCUGACUUUGAAUGUUUUCCUGGGAGGUUUUAUUAAUGCUCUGAGAACAGAAAUUAUAGGUUAUUUGGAGGUUUUUGAAUAACUUCCUUAAAACUUUUACUGAAUGUUUCAAUAACACUUUUAAUAAAACUGCUAUCUUA